AUGCAACGAUAUGUAUUAAUAUUCGCUGCUAUUAUCGUUGUAAUGUAUUUUGGUCUACACACAACUAACCAAAUGUUGAUUAGAAAAAUUAACAAAGAGGCAACUGAAAAAGAAGAAAUCAAAAAAGGAACAAUUGACAAAGAAGAAAUCAAAAAAGGAACAAUUGAGAAAGAAGAAAUCAAAAAAGGGACAAUUGACAAAGAAGAAAUCAAAAAAGGGACAACUGAAAAAGAAGAAAUCAAAAAAGGAACAAUUGAUAAAGUAGAAAUCAAAAAAGGAACAAUUGACAAAGAAGAAAUCAAAAAAGGAACAGCUGAAAAAGAAGAAAUCAAAAAAGGAACAAUUGAUAAAGUAGAAAUCAAAAAAGGAACAAUUGACAAAGAAGAAAUCAAAAAAGGAGCAAUUGACCAAGAAGAAAUCAAAAACGGAGCAAUUGAUAAACAAAAAAUUAAAAAAGAAAAAGUACUCCUAGUAACAGCUAUUCCACCAGCACCAUGUAAAAGCACUUUUGGAGAUUUUGUCAAUAUUCAAUCUAUAAAAAAUAAAUUAACAUACUGUCAAAUAAAAAACUUUUCUUUUCAUUUUACUACUGUUAAAGUUGAUCCUUUAUUAGCCGGUUCAUGGAAUAAAUUAGCACUUGUACAUUAUAUACUAGAAAAUAAUUUAGAUUAUGAUUGGAUAUUUUGGUUCGAUGUGGAUACAUUAAUAUUAGAUAUGGAGUUUGAUAUUCCGUUCCAAGAUUACUCAGAAUAUAACUUCGUCUUAUAUGGUGACAAAAAUUUAUUGUAUAAUGAACGUAAUGUUUUAGAAGGAUUAAACACUGGCAUAUUUUUGAUAAGAAACAAUGAAUGGGGAAGAAAGUUUAUGAAAAAAGCCUGUGAUUUGGGCAAAAGUAAGACAGUAAAAAUGGAAUUGGCAUUAAAAAAUUAUGACGCAUCAUUACGUGAUCAAAAUGCAGUUGCUUAUUUAUUGUGCCAAGACGUAGAACUACGGGAAAAGAUAUCAACAUAUCAAAUAGCUGUUUUACUUUUAUUUAAUGAAUUUGAAAAUAUGAAAGGUCAAAAAAUGUUCGAUGAAACUCAAAUCAAUCCUGCAUUAUAA